AUGCCUGCUUUCUUCAAAUUGGUCUCGGUUUCCUUCAGGGCUCUCAGGAUUGGAGGGUGUGGCUUGAUCUGUUUGUCCCAGACCAUGAUACCAACAUUAACGGUAUCAAGCUCCACAGACUCUUUCCAAGGAAUUGGUGGGACCUUCGCAUCUACCAGCCAUGGUUCGGCAUCUAUGAUGACUUUGGAGACUAGCUCCAAGUCUUCCAACGUCGUGAAGGAUCUGGACCAAAUAAGACUCCUGGUCCGUUUCUUUCUGGCCCACGAUAUUUUCAAGCUCUUUGGAAAUAUGAGGAGCAGUGAACCCAAUAGAAGUGGUGAUACCUUUCAAGUUGAACUGGUCUUUCAAAGAAAUUGGAAUACCAUCGCUACCACUGCGACCAUGGACUCGAUAUUGAAUGGACGGAACCUGCACUCCGGGUCCGAUUCCAAGGUGAAGAACUUGGAUGUGAGCUUAGAAGAGUCCAGUCUGAUCUGCUCUGUCUGGGCCAUCUCCACCAGAAUCAAGCUCAAAGCCACCAUCAGCAAUACCUGA